UCAUGCUGCUGCCAGGUCCAGAGUCUCUCAUGGGUCCCUGUACGGCCUCCCAUUGCUGCUGUCUCCAUCGCCACACUCUGCCAUGUGCCACUUUCAGGUCUCCUCACACUGCUGGUGUGUUCCAUUUUUUGUCAUAGGGUGCUGGCAGAUUACGGGCCUCCCAUAGCUGCUGCCAGGCCCCUAAUCUGCCAUGGGCCCCUAUACCGCCUCCUCAUGCUGCUGCCAAGUCCAGAGUCUGUCAUGGGUCCCUGUACGGCCUCCCAUUGCUGCUGUCUCCAUCGCCACACUCUGCCAUGUGCCACUUUCAGGUCUCCUCACACUGCUGGUGUGUUCAAUUUUUUG